CAGGAGGCCCUGGGGUUAGACUGGCCGUAGCUGGAGAAGUGCCAGCCCGUCAUGGAUGACUGGAGCCAGCCUCUUGCCUUCCGUCUUCCAGGCAGAGCCACAGAGAGACAGGCUGCAGCCGUCCUGGCCUCCCUCCGGCCCUGAGAGCGCCCCGGGCCCGUCUCAAGCGUUACCGUCUCAAGCGCAGAUUGCCGGCUCUGAACGGGGAGACCAGGCUUCUGCACCGGAAACAAGGCACCGGUUGUGACGUGACGGCUGCAGAGCGCCCGACCUCCCAGAAGGCACCGCGUCCCUGCAAUUCUCCUCAACUGGUCAGGGCGCGAACGAAUAGUCGCCGGUGACCUGUGAGGGCACUCGGAAGGGCGAGGGGAGGGCUCGGCCGCUCGCGCCUAGUUUUUCUAUCUCUCCCGGAGCCUGAGUCUCUGAGCCGUCCCCAGCAAACGCUCAGGGGCUGCAGAGGCCCCGAGAGGUGAGGGGCUCCGUGAGGGCGGGAACCAGGCUGAGGCCGCCUCUGGGGAACGGAGCGUGUCCGUUGCUGAGGGAGAAAGGCCGGGUAGGGAACCUGGUGAGCGCCUCAGGCAGGGGCGCACGCUGAGCUUUACGGUAAAGGUGUUCCUUGACCAGCGGAAGAGGCCCCAGAGUGAGCCUGGCCCGGCGGGCCUUAGUGGGAUGUCGCCUGCCGCUCUCAGCAGAGCUUUGACGGCGGAGAGGAGUCGGCAGGCGGUGUGUGGACCCCUCCUCGGCCUUGCGUCUGCUCCCCGGGAGAGUCACCAACCGCCUCCCCGCCCAAAGGGCACCGGAGGGAGCUUCGGUUCGAGGGCUUGGCUCUCUGGCAGAUUUCCUCUAGUAAGAGGUGGCUCUGGAGGCCCCGCGAAACGAGUGUGGUGUGUGGUUGCAAGGCAUGAUGGCUGCAAAAGUGGUUCCUAUGCCCCCAAAGCCAAAGCGGUCCUUUAUACUGAGAGUUCCACCAGACUCCAAGCUGGGCCAAGACCUACUUCGAGAUGCCACUAAUGGGCCCAAGACCAUCCACCAGCUAGUGCUGGAGCACUUCCUCACCUUCUUGCCCAAGCCAAGCCUGGUCCAGCCCAGUCAGAAAGUCAAGGAGACCUUGGUUAUUAUGAAAGAUGUGAGCUCAAGCCUUCAGAACAGAGUGCAUCCUCGUCCCUUGGUGAAGCUUCUGCCCAAAGGAGUCCAACAGGAACAAGAGACAGUGUCUCUGUAUUUGAAAGCUAACCCUGAGGAACUGGUGGUCUUUGAGGAUCUGAAUGUAUUUCACUGCCAGGAAGAAUGUGUGAGCUUGGAUCCUACUCUCACCUCAGAGAAGGAAGAUGACAGCAGUGUCGGGGAGAUGAUGUUACUGGUCAAUGGCAGUAAUCCUGAAGGUGAAGAUCCUGAGAGGGAACUUGUAGAAAAUGAAGAUUAUAGAGAAAAGUCUUCAGAUGAUGAUGAAAUGGAUUCUUCCUUGGUCUCUCAGCAGCCUCCAGAUAACCAGGAAAAGGAAAGACUAAAUACAUCCAUUCCACAAAAAAGGAAAAUGAGAAAUCUGUUAGUUACCCUUGAGAAUGAUGCUCCUCUAGAGGAACUCUCAAAAUAUGUAGACAUCAGUAUUAUUGCACUUACUCGAAAUCGGAAGACAAGGAGAUGGUACACUUGUCCACUGUGUGGAAAACAGUUUAAUGAAAGUUCUUACCUUAUUUCCCACCAGAGGACUCACACUGGAGAAAAACCCUAUGACUGUAGUCACUGUGGGAAAAGCUUCAAUCAUAAAACAAACCUCAAUAAACAUGAGCGAAUUCAUACAGGAGAGAAACCUUAUUCCUGUUCUCAGUGUGGAAAAAACUUUCGUCAGAAUUCUCAUCGGAGUCGUCAUGAAGGAAUCCAUAUAAGGGAGAAGAUAUUUAAGUGUCCAGAAUGUGGGAAAACCUUCCCAAACAAUGAGGAAUUUGUGCUUCAUCUGCAGAGUCAUGAGGCUGAGAGACCAUAUGGUUGCAAAAAAUGUGGGAGAAGAUUUGGUCGGCUGUCAAACUGUACCCGGCAUGAGAAAACCCACUCAGCCUGUAAGACUCGAAAGCAGAAGUAAUACCAGGAAAGGGGUCUGAUGGUGCUGCCUCAACCUGAGAGCUUUCAUAAGUAGUUCUGAAUUCCCAGGCUGCCCCAAAAGAUAUAAAUAUGUAAAAAUCUCAUUAUUGCCAAAAUUGGAUAAAUGCCCAUCUUGGCUAAAACCUCAAAUUGCUAGAAAAUUCACAGGGAAGAAAACAUUUCAAGGGCUAUACCUCAGCAUCUAGGCUUUCUGGACUAAGGACCUUUCCUUUUUGAAGUCAUAUGAUAAUGUACAGGUCACAGAUCCCUUUCCCAAGACUUUGAAGAUGAAUCUGGAGUCUGCUUACUUGCAAGGGAAAGAGUGACUUGUGUCUAUUGGAAGUAUAUCCAUUUUUCCCCACAUGGGGAUUCAUACUUGAGAAAUAGUGCAAAGAUGCUUAUCUAGAACUGUGUUCUCGUGAAAGAACCAAACUACUGGCUUGUUGAGCCAACAGCUUCUGAUAGCAAUUCAUAUAACCCUCUAAGAACACCUGUUUUAAGUCUUGAGUGUUGAAAGGAAUUGUUUACUUUGGAAUAUAGGAAAACAACAAUUGAAUGUCAGACUCUCAUUUGUAUGUGAUCUAAAUUUGCAAUCAAUUUCAAUAAUAUUUGCAAUUUGUGAUAAAAUUGACUUUUACAGAUUCCUUUUCACAACAUAAUUUAAGUGUCUACUGUUCUUACUGUAUUUUGUUCAGCCAUUGAUCUCUCCAACAGGCGUCUCAUGCUUCUCCCUUGCUAAAAGAAGUUUGGAUUACUCAGGCAGGGCCAUCCAGCCCCACCACUAGAAAAGCUUUUCAGAAUCUUGUCCCUCUGUUGAGCCCAGAUCUCAUGUGCUAGGAAGGAAACCCCAAGACCCAGAGAGGAGGGGUUGACCUGGAGGCAGGAAAAAGUUGGCUUGGAUCCAUGUCUCAUCAAUAACCUUACCACAUGCUUAGGUCCCCUCUAUGCCGUCAUCAGACCUUUGGCAAUGGGGUGUUCACUACCUCACAAGGCAAAGUGUUGUAUAUUUAGAAAUUACGUCUGUAGUGGUUAGCUCACAUUGCCCCUCAAGAGACAGGUUUCCAGGUGUCUUCACUGUAGUGGGUAUUCAUUGUCUUCAGCCUCUUGAUAUCCAGACCUUCCUGUCCUCUGCCUAGAAGCAAGGCCAGCGGUGCCUUUACAGGACCAAUCCUGUGGUGCGAUUUAGGGAUUCUUGAUCAGUUUUGCUUGCUUUAGGUUUCUGGAGGUUAUACAUUGGUGUUUUGAUUGGAAGAAAGAAAUCCUAUAAAUAAUUUGGGAAAAAUUAUAGUGUAUGUUUCCCAUCCAGAAACAUGCCUUUGUAUUUAUUAGAGUAUUAUAUUCCUGUGAAAAUUUUUCUAAUUUUCUUCACGUUUUACACGAUUUUGUUAUUGUAGUUUUUUCCAUUAUAUUUUUAUAGUUGAUUAUUGCUUUUACAUGGGAAACAUUUUUUAUUAUAUAUUUGUGUAAUUAGUCACCUUACUGAAUGUUGUUAAUUUGUUGUUAAUUUUCAAUAGUUUCUUGGUUUAGUUCUGUUACAACUUUUGGUAAAAUGACACCAUCUACAAAGAAUAGUUUUGUUUCUUGC